ACCUAGCAGCAGAGAAUCAUAGGCCUAUAGACGGUUGUGUGCAGAAGAUGUUUAUGCAUGGGUGGAUUUAGAUGAAGGUUGCAGCAAAGGCUGCCGGGGUGAACCCACGCUUUCCGACAUUAUUCCCCCAAAAGAGCCUUUAUCUAAAUGAUUAGAAGUGAACUGACAUGUGUCUGUACAGGCUGUAAAAGACUCCCCCUCUUUCCUUCUGCCUGUCUCCCACCAUCAUCACUGACAAUUUGGGAGCCUGUCUCUAUAGCAACGUAGUACAGGCGGGGUUUGCCAGCCGGAGCCAUCCAGUCCUCAGCUGGCAUCACCGCUCUAAACCUCCACACCGCAUCACACCCUGAGUGGAAUGGAAGAAAAGGACAAGAAAGAAAAUGGGGAGUAUAUCGGAGAGAUAAAAGGUGGGCUGCGACCUUCAAUGAAACUGGUUGUUAUGGGAAUUGUUAACCAAAAACCCAAGAGCAUUGAGGUGACUCUGUCCAGUAAGCCUCAUGAGGAGGGCACAGAAGGUGAUGUGGGUCUUCAGCUAAAAGUCAACUUCAGGGAGAAGGCCGUUCAACGCAAUGCCUGCUUGGCUGGAAAGUGGGGUCCUUCUGAAAACACCCUCUCAUUUUUUCCUUUUGCAUCUGGAGAACCCUUCAAGAUGGAGAUUGUUUGUGAGCACCAGCAGUUUCGUAUCUUGGUGGAUGGACAGCCUCUGUGUGGCUUCACCCACCGGCUCUCCCAGCUCGCUUCCCUCACUGCCUUACGAGUCUUUGGAGAUCUACAGCUCACCAAGGUGGCCUAACACCAGCGCCUCAUACAUUACACAAGGAUGUUCUGGGACUGUACAUAAACACAUACGAUUAGAAUAGAGCUACUUGCUGAGUGAAUAAAUUGACCCACAAUGGGGAUGUUGUGUUUCCAGCCCCAAACAAAAUGACACCUUCCUCGUAAUCAUGUGUUAAGACAAAGUGCCUUCACUAGAUUACCUGUUUGGGGACUUGAAGAUAAUGACUGAAUGCGACAGUCUUAAAUCAACACAGGAAUGUGAUUUGAACUGAUGUGAAUUAAGUUUUAAACAGUGUGGUCUAACCAUUAAUACCUUCCCUUGAUGAACAAAUGUACAAACAUGAUGUGUCACUACAGAAAUCAGUUUUUGUGCAUUAAAAUGAGAUUUCAGGUG